AGCAACACCUUUUCUUUUUAAGACCAACACAUUGACUAAACACGAGCUUGACUUGGGGGAAAAACAGACCAGUAGCUGAAGAUAAAGGACCUUAUUGUGACAUGAGCAAGCCUUUUGGAUGGGAAAAACCUUUUCAACAGUAGCCCAGCUGUUUACAGACUCCAUGUCUUAUUGAGAAGUUGAGAUGCUGGACAGAUUCAAACUGGGUGUCCUGCUGCAGUGGUUGAUUCUUUCCCCGUUGAGCCCGGCCUACGAAGCCUCAUCUCUGGGGCUCACAGUGCACGUUGUGCCUCUGGACGACAAUGGAGGGAAAACGGUGCGGGCUCAUUUCAGCGUCAUCACUCCCUCUCCUUGUCCAGAUUUAUCAGCAGUCUGUGCAGCAGGAGAGGACUGCCAGGCCCACCUCACUUCCUUACCUUUCAGCUACACCAAACCCAGCCCUGCGUGGUGUGUCCGCCAGUGGCAGAAGACAGUACCAAGCAAUUAUAACGCCGUUCUCAAUUUAGGGUCCAACACAGAGUUUUAUGUCUCGAUAAAUGCAGACCCAAAGGUUCGGGCGAAUAACGGGAAACUCAACAGACCUGCUUUCGUGGCUCUGCCUCCUCCACUACGGGCCAGUGUGAACUGUCCUGUCAACUUCCAUGUCUCAGCGAAGGACCUGGAUGGGGACAAAGUCCAAUGCCGCUUUGCUCGUGCUGACAAGGGAGAGUGUCGGGACUGUACUCCUCACUCUUUUAUGGAACUGGAUGAGGGGAGCUGCACUCUGACAUUUACUGGAAAAGCAGCCGCAGGACAAUACUUCAUCUACCUGAUGGCAGAGGACCUGAUCCCUUCACCUCCAACAAGACAGAUUUUAAAAAGCUCACCCCUCAGCUCUGUUCCUGUGCACCUGUCUCUCACCGUGGAGGAGUCGUCCUCCAGCUGCAGUUCUAAUCCCUGGCCCCUAGACGGGACCCCGGAAAAAGACUCAGUACAGUACGUCCUGCCAUUCCAGGAGGUGAAACUCAACGCUAACUACAAGUCAGACCUGGAGAGUGUUUCGGAGAUUGCGGUGGUCGGCCCCCCUGACCUGUACAGGGUUGGUUUUGCAUCCCUCGGCCCCCUGGCGGGAAUGACCAUGGGCUGGAUCCGCUCUGCAAACAACCUGACCCAGCUUUUGCCUGUCUGUUUUGUUGCAAACACCAACAGUUUUCAGUCAGAGCUGCGAUGUGUGUGGCUGUACCAAAGGGAACUGAGGACUCUGCCUGAUGGAACAGAGCUGAGGUGUAACCAGACAGAGAUGUCUCUGCUGCUCCCCAUCACCUCCCUCAGCAACAUCAACCUGGCUGAACUGCAGCUCAACAGCCCCACCUGCCCCGUCACUUACAACAACACACACUUGAUCGCACACAUACCCCUGAGUGGCUGCGGCACAAAGGCUGUGCACUCCGGUUCAGAGCUUGUUUAUACCAACACCUUGAAAAGUGUUCAUCACACCAUGAUCAGCCGUCAGCCCUCCCUCAUCGUCCCUCUGGCCUGCCGGAUCCCAGGAGUUCAGGUCAAGGGGCCACAGUAUAACGUCAGUAUGCCUACAGAGAGGGAAACUUUUGGUGAGUUUAGAGUCUGGAUAGAAUUUUACCUCCCAGGAGAUGGGCCCCUGGCAAAAUUCACAUCCACUCCCAAGUUUCGCUCCGAUUUCUUACCGCUACCAAGAGCUCGUCGGGAGGCAGGUGUGGUAAACAGCAUCUCCAUUAACAAUGCUAAAUCCCGUCUCCAACUUGGAGAGAAAGUCAAGCAGUUGGACCUAUUGGUGAUGUCUAACUGCAGUGUCGAACGAGCUGAGAUGAUAGUAACGAACUGCAAGGAAUCUGAGACGGAGGACUUUGCAGUAAGUCGACCUAUAUUGCAAAACGGAUGCAUGAUGUCCAACAACACACUGGAGAUUGUUACGGAAAAAAAAAAUGCCAAGAUUUACCGUCUGGAUGUGAACACAAUGGCAGUCACUGGAACAACGAUGUAUGUUGAAUGCAAACUCAAUCUGUGCAUCACCACCAAGCCCUCUGAUAGCUGCCCUAAUCUCUGUAACAACGUGAGAAGUUCGAGUGUUCUGAUUAACAGCGUGUUCACCGGCACGUACACUGUCCGCUCUGGGCCUGUGAGUCUUUUGGUCGGUGAUUAUUUGGGCCAGACUGUUACAACAACUGAAAAACCGAUUACCAGCAUAACCGAAGCUCCUAAAAGCAAUGCUACACUGCCUACUGAACCAACAGUUCCCAAACCAACUACUACUCCAGGAAGUACUCCACAAAUUUCCAGCAUAACUAGCGCAACUACCAAAGUCACCAGUAGUACCACCACAUCUCAAGCUCCAGAAGUGGCCACAUCCAGGACAACAGGUGUGAUUCUGUUGACUAUCAGCAUUUUCCUCCAAAUGAACAUCCUUCAUUGAAGAAGCUGCUGGACAAUGACCUCUCAGACAAUGAAGCACAGGAUUUUUCUGUUAGGGAACUCUGGACUGAUAGCCGAGAGGAGUAGACAAGGUGGCAGUUUUAUAUAACAAACUGCUCCAGCCAAGUUUAUGGACUUUGUUACAUUAUUUAGUUAUUCAUCUUUCCCUUUUGCUAGAGUAAAAUUUGAUUUGACUUACUGUACAAAAGGUGCUAAAUUUGUUAAACUUAUCUAAAGGAAGCACAGCUUAUCACAUGAUUUGUAAAAUAACACUUGUAAUAUUAAGAAGGCCAAAUAUUUACCAAAAUCAUAAUCCUGUUCUUUUUUUCCAACACGUUUUACAAAUGUGAUCAUUAUGGAUGGGAGACAAUGUGUUUUCCAUUUGGAUAUUUGUUCUUGCACAUAAUAAAGAAAAUAUGCAUACACACUCAUUUCCUUGAAAGAAAUACAUAUUUUCCUAUAAAUGUUGUACAUCAUUUAUGUAUUGUGGAUGUUAACUACUUAUAUAAACGUUAAAUACUUUAAUGUUGUGGUUUGUUACAAGAAUGUUCUAACAUGAAAGAUCAAAAGCUAUAAUGAAUGCAAAAUUACAUGUUUAAGCAGAUUAUCAUUUAUCAAAAGCAACUUACAAGGGAUAAAUACAUACUUUUGAACUA